AUGCGCGGUCUUGGGUUCAUCUUUGCGAUCAGCUUCAGCUAUCUGGCGACACUCUCGCCGGGGAGUCUCUGUGCGCAGGUGCUCCGCGACGCGACAAUUCCGGUUCAGUCGCCUCUGUUCGAAAGCACUUCACCAGAUCGGCUUCGACUGACGCCAAUUCAGUUUCGAUCGAUCCCCAAAUCGAACGUCGCUCCCCCGCCGAUGCGGAUCAGCCCUCUUCCGAUUAACCCCCUGCCACAGCAGUACUUAAACGUUGAGCCGCUGCGAAUUCAGCCCCUGUCGCGAGAUCCACUUCCACGCGACUAUCUGCAGAUUCCGCGACUGAAUUCCAGGCCACUACAGCUCGACGCCAUGGUGAUCCCUCCGCUGGUGCAAGAACCCCUUUCCAUCAGCCAAUUUAAUUUCAAUUCCUCAAUCCUGGGCUACUCCAGCCGACUGAGACAGGCAUACGAUUCACCACCGGCCCAGCAGCGGGUCAGCCCGCAGGCAUCGGGCGGGACUUAUACGGCCCCGGGGGCCCGAAACAACGUUCCUCGUCAACCGGGUGAGCGGCGAGCCCGCCAACCGCUGGGCUGGGGGCGUCGUAACCCCUCAGCGAUUCAUCGAUUCGUGCCGCUUACCCGGCCGUGCUCACCUGCGAAGGGUGCUGCAAAGACCAUGAAAUUCGCCUCCAUUGGACCGAUCUCGGUCUACCUACCAGAGAAGGUCGAGACAAACGAUCAACUCCGUCGCGAGUUCCCCAAGUGGAACAUGGACUUGAUCUACGAGAAGACCGGCAUCCGUAAGCGGCACAUUGCUAGCGAAGACGAAUGUGCCUCGGACCUGGGCGUCGCGGCUUGCGAGCGGUUGUUCCAAGAGCACCAAAUCGACCGCGAUUCGAUCGACUUCCUGCUGCUCUGCACCCAAACCCCAGACUACCCUCUGCCCACCACGGCCUGCCUCAUGCAGGAUCGGCUCGGGCUACCGACUUCGAUUGGGGCCCUGGACUUCAAUCUCGGCUGCUCGGGUUUCGUCUACGGGCUGUCGAUGGCCGAUGGACUCAUCCGCAGUGGAGCCGCGGAACGGGUGUUGCUCGUCACGGCCGAAACCUAUUCCAAAUACAUCUCGCCCGAGGACCGCUCGCUACGGCCAAUUUUCGGCGACGGAGCCGCGGCCACGUUGAUCGAAGCGGGCACCACGCCCACUCUCGAUGGUUUCUCGUUCGGUACCGACGGGCGAGGGGCCGAUGCCCUGAUGGUCACCAACGGUGGCGCCCGUCCCCCGCAGCAUGCCCUCCGGCCUCGAAAGCGAAAACGCUGGGAGAGCGAUCUCUACAUGGAUGGGCCGGACCUGGUGCAUUUCACCCUGGAACGCAUCCCGCCCAUGGUUGAAGACGUACUCAAGCGUUCCGGCUUAGACAGCGAUGCCAUCGACAUGUACCUCAUGCACCAAGCCACGCACGUCGUGCUGGACCAUCUGCGAGAUCGACUGAAGGUCGAUGCCCUGCAAUUACCCACUGUGCUGGAAGAGGUCGGUAAUACGGUCUCCUCCACUAUCCCCAUUGCCAUGCACGAAUUACGCAACAGCGGUCGCCUGCGGCUGUGUAUGGACUGA